AUGGUUGGAAUACCAAUGCAGAUUAUACUACGGGGAGACAAAUCAGUGACGAACUUCAUUGAGAAUUUAAAGAAAGGGAAGACAACCAUGUAUCAUGCCUCUGGGAUGAUAAUAGGGUGUGCUGGUAGUGGGAAAACAACAUUGUUGGAGAGACUUAAGGGGAUUGACCUGGAAGAAAUAAAGAAAAAUAUCAGGUCAACUAGAGGAGUGGAUAUCCACACUGAUUUGUUUAAUGUGACAGAAAGCAUCCAAGCAAACUCUUCACGCCAACAGCAACACUUUAAACUUAGACUUGAUAAAAAAGAUAUGAAGCAGAGUGUUCCUAAUUACUAUUCAGAGAAUGCAGCUGAUGAUGGGGAAACGCAGGAAAAGAUGAAACUAGAAGAUGAUGAGGGCAGUACGACUGAAGCAUCAAGCAGUGGACAGAUAUCACAUGAUGAUAUUGAUAUUAAUCCUACCUCAUCCGAUGAACCACAGGGGGCCACAUCACCAGAAAAUGUAGCCGAAGUUAUGAAGAAAAGAAAAGAUAUUCUUCAUAGUCCAGAAUUUUCUGGAAAUUUACAGAUAGGUGUAGAAGAUAUUUCAGAAAAUCCAGAUAAAAGAAUCACCAUGACUGACUUUGCAGGACAGUGUUCAUAUUAUGCCUCACACCAGAUUUUUCUGAGUCCCCGGGCAUUUUUUAUUCUGGUGCUGAAUAUGGAGAGGAAGUUUGAUGAUAAG